UUACGUUUUCUUGAAAAAUAGUUACGUAUAGGUCAAAGGUUAGCAAGAUGGCGACGGGGCAAGGGAAAUUUUGUUUUUUUCCAACUUUCCAUCCGCUAAUUUGGAUUAUAUGAGAUGUUGUUGGACCCAGACUUACUUUGAAGUAGUUUUAGAGAUACAGGGAAGUCAGCAUGGCCAUGGAAGAACUUCCAUUCUUCGUGUAUGACCACAGUGCGCUGGUAGAAGAGGGUGAUGACCUGGUGGAUGCCAUUAUGUUCUACCAUCCCAAAGCUACACCACUGAACUCCCAGUGUGCCCUGUGUGGCCAGCUCAUGGGGAUGGUGCGCUGCCUCGAGGUCAUCUCUGGAGCGGCGCCCUCUGUCUUUCACUUACAGAAGUGCAAGAUCGCAGUGAGGCAUACAGGAAGAUUCACUCUGGCUUUAGGAGCCAGUGCUGACCUCCCAAAUGCUGCUGUGGUGAAACAACUGGACAACUUGUACAGAAUAUUCGCCUUCUACCACGGGUCAUUGGAUGCAGUCCUAAAGAAAUGUGGAGGAGAAAAGCAGCCUUUCCUACUUGCCAUGGAGCAGAUUUGGGAGUGUUACCUGCCGUAUAUCAAACACUACAGCAGGGUGGUACCGGCUAUCUUUGAUGUCAUUCCUUCUGUGCCUUUGCCAAAGUCUGCUGGUGUGCUGUUCCUGAGAGCUUCUCACAUCCUGCAGUCCUGCCAGAGGAAGCCAGGGGUCCUCGCUGGCUGUCUCCUGUAUGACAGCAAGGUUUUGUGCACCCAACUUUCUCCCGAGCUGACGUCUAGACUUCUCCUCAUCAGGGCCAACCAGAGCAAUCAUCCAGCAAAUGAGGUGGAAACAGGCUUCAGUCUCCCAUUUGGAGUGCGAAUCCUGUCGGUGUACCUCACUAAGAAGGAGUACCGUUCCUUCAGUAACCACUCUCAGAAACUCUUCCCCACAAGACAGAGGCACACCCAAGUCUCCUCCUUCCAGUCCCCAGGAGGGGGGAGGAGAGUAAACAGAACAGCCUCGGGGGAGAGUGCGCAGAGCUUGCGUCUCCGUGGAAUUGGAGACGGGUGUGAAGCGGAGGGGGAGAUCUCCAGAGAGCAAAAUUUCAUAUCCCCGCCGUUUCGUCUUACUGAUUCUAUCGUAGACAAGGAGGACAAGCAGUCAAGCCAUACCAGCACUGAAUCUUUGGGAGAAACAAUAAGCACUGAGGCUGACACAGUUUUGAGUGGACAUGCAGGAGGAACAGACUCUGUGUUGAGUGGAACAGUAGAGGAUGAUAGAGUUGCAUCGAAUACAAGUUCAAGAAGAGAUUCGUCGCAGUCAGGGACCAGCGUUAAGAGUGGCAGCAACAUUGGAGCAUUAGACAGCUAUGAAGGAAAGAUCUCCAUGUCUUCAGCAGAACUUGCAGACGAAAGAGAACAUGGUGGAAUUGAUGAGGACAGCUCCAUGCUGGUUCUGAAAGAAGAGGAUCCUGAUUUGCCUGUCUCACAGCAUGGUAACAGUCUCAGCAACGACAAUCAGGUUAGAUCACCUGAUGUGCAGCUACCUAAAGUGCAGUUUGCAACAGAAGAAACUCAAAGUUCUAGUGACAAAAUGUUGUCUGACGUGGAGCCUGGGAGGGCAAAUGGUACUGAGGAAUCAGAACAAUCUUCUGUCAGUGAGGAGAGAACUGACUCUUUAAGACUGGAAAAGGAGGAUAACAAUAUGAGAAACAGUCCUGACAACAUGUCUGCCACUCAGGGUGAUGUUGUUGAUAAAGACGAUUCUCAACAGCUUUUGCCAGACCAGCCCCACCCCAGUUUUGAUGAUGUCAGCAGUACAGGUGCACAAGAAAGGGACGCUAACUCAGGGAAACCAACAGGUGUUUGCAAGGAAGAGUCUGAUUUGUCGAAAGUUUCAGAGAAUUCAAACCAAGAUGACUUCAAUCAGAAGUCUCUAUGCAACGAUCAUUCCAAUGAAAGAGGCACAGACAUUGCAUCAGAGUUGGAGAAAUGCAGUAUAACAGAUUCGAGAGAAGUGCCUGAUGAAACUGUUUCAGUAGAUGAGAAAGAUGUUAUAGAUUCAGAAUCUGUUGCAAAGUAUAAGAAUGCGGAGGGUUUGGAUGCUUUCAGUGAACUUACAAAUACAGCAAACAAUGCAAAUUCUUCUGUUGAGGUCAUGUCAGAAGAUGUUCACGAAUCAGAAGAACUGUGUAUGGAAGGGCUGGACGAUGUCUCAAACUUAAAGCAUGCAGACUCCUUGCAAAAUGCAGAUGUGAUCACUUCUCAAAUCUUCAACGGUACUGAUGAAAGAAUCUGUAACAGACAACAAGAAACUGAUGGCAUCACAAGUCAGAAAACUCCAAACACAGCAGAAACAAGUGAUGACACAGUUGAGUCAGAACUGAGAGAAACAGAAGUGACCCCCACCCUUCCAGACUUGACCCCUGAAAGGCAAAAUGGUGGCACUGUCCUAGAACAAGAGUCUUCAGAGGUCAUGGGGUCGAAUGAGUUCAAUGACCCCAGCAGUGUAGAUUCUCCCAAUACAAGCCAUCUCUCUGUGCCGCAAUCAUCAAGUGACCAAAAUUUGACUCCCACUGUGGCAGCAGAGGAUAAGUUACAACAAGGAUGCCCGAAUGCUUCUGAUACACUUGAAGGAGAAGACAAUGAGGCUGAAGACGUAACAAGGAGGAAGACAUCUUGUGCAGACACUAAGCUCCCAGGCCUGGUGAACGCGGGGCUGUACAUACAGGGCCACUCACACAUGGUGCUGCUCAUGUUGAUAGAGAGAAACUGUCAGAAUGACCUGCCUACAAUGCAAGGCCUGUGGAAGACAUCAGUGACACAGUUAGGUGAGUUGGAGGCACAGCUGAAAGAAGUGGCUUUCCCGACCAACUCUGGGGCUACAGAGGAGGGAUACAACUUUCUGCACUUUGAUGGGUUUGACAGAUUGCUGAAAGGUAACCUACAGGAGCCAGUGUUAGCGCCUGAUGUGUUGUUCUGUAACACGGCACAGUUCAUCCACCAGGAGUUCCAACAGUCUGACACACUCAAUGAUGUCCUGGUCAGGAGCCAGUCUGCGGGUGUGUACGGGAGUCGCAGUCUGUCCCAGGAGACGUUUUUCCAGCUGCGAGGGCUGGGGAGGGGGGGUCUGCAGGGGGUGCCCUCUCCUCACGACCCCCUCUUCAACCUGGAGAACCGCGCAAGGAAGAAACUCCUCAAGGAUCAUCACAUCACCUUCUUCUGAAUCUUCUUGGAUAU